GUUAAUCCUGUCGAGGCGCGUAUCAGUGAUAACCCUUUUUGUGAUGUGGCCGACGACGCAGUCUUCCUAGAUCGCUUGUAUGAAUAACUGUCAUUAGGUGGCAGCAUGAAGGUCGUGAUACCGGACUCGGGCUGGAGAAUAUGGUUUCAGAUUGUCCUCACCUUCUUACUCUUUAUACAGACUGACUCUACCCUCUCCAAAACAAGCAGUUCAAGCAAGACGAAGAAAAAGCAGGUGGAGAAGAACGCCGUUGACCGCGGGCUGGUGUCAGCGACGACCAGGGCUCAGGAAAUCUUAAAACAGCACACGGCUUUCUGUGAGACCGAGAGGGAGCAGAAGAGGUUUGGGGGAGACGUUCUGGGUUACGUCACACCGUGGAAUAAUCACGGAUAUGAUGUGGCCAAACUGUUCGGUGCCAAGUUCACCUACGUCUCUCCGGUGUGGCUGCAGAUUAAGAGGAUGCCAGGGGGAGCUUUCGUCAUGCAAGGCGGCCACGACAUUGACAGAGGGUGGAUUGCAGACGUCACUUCCAAAAGGAACACCAAGAUCGUUCCUCGGAUUUUGUUUGAUGGGUGGACAGGGGCAGAUUACAAAGCUGUGUUUACUAAUGAAGACUUGAUGGAGGACUGUGUAGACACCAUGGUUAACUUCAUACAGGAACAAAAGUUUGGCGGUGCGGUCAUAGAAAUCUGGUCACAGCUCGGAGGCCAGGCGAAAAGAGAACUUGUGCAUUUCCUGGAACACAUGGCAGAAAGCUUCCACGCCAAGAAGAAGACCCUUAUCCUGGUGAUACCUCCUCCUUUAUAUAAAGGCAACGUCCAGGGAAUGUUUCAGAAGUCUGACUUCGACGCUUUAUCAACAGUCAUUGACGGUUUCAGUCUAAUGACGUAUGACUAUUCCAAUCCAAACAGCCCUGGUCCAAACAGCCCUAUCGACUGGGUAAGACGUUGUGUGGAGAACCUAGUACCGGACGAUCGGGCACCAGAGAGACAGAAACUAUUGUUAGGGUUGAACUUUUAUGGGAAUGACUUUUACCCAGGAGGUGGAGGACCGAUUGUGUCUCAUCAGUACAUUGAAAUUCUCAAACGACACAAGCCCAAAUUCACCUGGAACGAAAACGAGGCGGAGCAUGUGAUUGAAUACAAAGCGAAUGACGGCAACCACAAAGUGUAUUACCCCACUCUGUACUCCAUACAGCAGAGACUGGGGCUGGCACAAGAGCUCAAUACCGGCAUUUCCAUCUGGGAACUCGGACAAGGACUGGACUAUUUCUAUGACUUGUUCUAAUUUCCUAUCACCUGUUCAUUGCUAAUAUAGUGUGUGACUGUGCCUUAUCAUUUGCUGUUCAUAUUCUUCGUCUUCGAGAAUUCAAGUGCAAGAAACAGAAACCCGCGCGCUGUAAAAUACGAAAUAUGACGUUUACAUUUUAAUGCAUUUUCCCCUUCCAUGUUUAUUUUCAUGCUUACUGAUAUCGUAUCAGCGUAUGUGUUAGAGGGAACGUUUGCGGAACCGUUCACGCUUUGGACCAAAACUUUGUAGCCUGUUGUUCGUUCCCCCAUUUGCAAUAGUAACAUAAUUCCCAUGCACUGCAAAAGACCAAUGAUGGAACCAGCUGGGACCUGAGUCGCCAUUAGGCUUUGUGAGCCAGAGUCACGUGACACUAUGGCUACAAACGAUUGUUUUCUCUUCAAACAUAUAACAGGUUUCAUCAAACAGGUUAUUGUCCACCAUGGCUCUCACCAGUUGAGAACCUAGCAUAGAAGGAAAAGCGGAAAUAUAAAUGAUCUAAUCUGGUUAGAGUUAAUGUGGCAUUGCAAAAAAUUUUAACCUGGACAGCAUUAUCAGUUCAUCAAAUGAUCUGCUAACUUGUGCUCUUAGAAUUUCUCCAGAUUUUGGGAAGCUAUUUAUUUGAAAAUUAGUUUGUGGAUUAUUUCUUGAAUUUAUGUCACCCGUGUGUUUAUAGGGGUCUGGCUUAAUUGAGAAAGUGAUAAAUACUGUAUGAUUGAGUUCAUUUGCAUGUUCAGACUUUGAGUUUUUGUAUGUGUAUGAUAAUUCCUGUUUUGAAUGUAUUGGGUACAAAUUGUACAUACUGAACACCCAUGCAUGGAGGUAGAUAUAUAAUAAUUUAGCUGUUAUGCGGCAGUUUCUUUUAUUUUUUUAGUUUUAAAAGGGUGAUCUUUAUUUUCUUACAACUGGUUGUGCUUGGUUUACAGUUAACUGAUUUUUACAUAAUUUCCAGCUUAUAAUUGUAUUGAAACUUAUCAUUUAAAAUCAUGCUGACGGAGUUAUAUUUAUGUCGUUACUAUAAAACAUUGAAUACAGCACUUAAUCAUUUCUGUUUAUCACAAAAAUAUAAUGGAAUUUAAAUGUAAUUAAAAGUGUGAA